AUGUACCUCGCCGCCCCGCCAGAACAAACUGUUCUAGCCGUUGUAGGGGGCGCCGAUAAGGUUACUCGCGAGCGAGUCGACGCCUUGAACCUGUGCCUCAUCCGGGGAGCGCUGUUCGAGAGCGAGGGUGAGCUUUGGGUUGCGGAGAGCGAACGGCCAGAUACGGAAGGCGGGGGAGAGAUCAUUGGUAUGGCCCUAUGGUUCCGACCGGGUACGCCAUUUAUGGGUAGCGGCCGACAAAGACGGGCGGUUCGAUGGGAAGACUUUGGCCUUCUACUGGAUAAGGAGCAAGAGCAUUGGUACUUCAGUUAUUAUUCUCCAAGAAUCGGUCAAAUGUGGGCACGGUCGCUAGCGGAAACUGGGCAUACGGUCAAGGACUCGUAUUAUCUUCGAUGCCUGUACGUCAGGCCGGACUGGCACAACCACGGCGUUGCGGGCAAACUGACUUCGCCUGUGCUCCUCCGUGCACUGCGUCAAGGCAAGCGUCUGCUGGGCACAGCGACCCGGGCGGAAAACGUGGAGAAGUACUUGCAUGUGGGGUGCAAGCUGCUGGGCUCGGAGGAGUUUGUGCCUCGCCCUGAAACGGGAAUCCAGCCGUGGACAUUGUAUGCGCUGGAGUUCUUGUCGCAGUCCUCUGAGAAUUCACACUGGAAGGAAAUGAGGGAAGAGCUUGUCGGUCGUCCAUUAGCCAAACUCUGA